GGACGCAUACCAUUGGUUAGAUAUGGCCGAAAAAAGUCAAAACAGUACGAUUGAUCCAGAAGACGUAAUCAAGAUACUUGUGGCAAGUGAUAUACACUUGGGACACAAUGAAAAGGAUGUAAUCAGAGGCGAAGACAGCUUUGUUGCAUUUGAAGAGGUGCUCCAACAUGCAUUGGAAAAUGAUGUAGAUGCAGUGAUUCUUGGAGGUGAUCUGUUUGAUAUAGCAAACCCGACAACAAAUACAUUGAACCGAUGCACUCGUUUACUGAAAACAUAUAUGUUGGGAGAUAAACCCAUUAAGCUAGAGUUUCUCAGUGAUCAAAACGAAAAUUUUCUGGAAUCGUUAACCCAGACUGUUAAUUAUGAGGAUCCAAACAUGAAUAUUGCAAUACCAGUGUUUUCUAUACACGGAAAUCACGAUGACCCAAGUGGUUUCGGUCGUAUCAGUUCUCUAGAUCUGUUGAGUACUAAUGGAUAUGUGAAUUAUUUUGGUAAAUGGACAGAUCUUAGUAAGAUUAAUAUUAAUCCGAUUCUGCUGAAAAAAGGUGAGACAAAGUUAGCUUUAUAUGGCCUAAGCUACAUCAGUGACCCGCGGUUGGCACGGUUGUUCAAUGAAGCGAAAGUUUUUCUUGAAAAACCUGAGGAUGCUGGCUGGUUCAACAUAAUGGUUCUGCAUCAAAAUCGGGCGGAUCGUGGACCGAAAAAUUAUCUACCUGAAAAAUCGCUGCCAGGAUUUUUAGAUCUUAUUAUCUGGGGACAUGAGCAUGAUUGCCGUAUCGUACCGGAGGAGAAUCCAACAAAGAAAUUUUACGUCAGUCAACCAGGAUCGACAGUUGCCACUUCGUUGGCAGAGGGCGAGUCCAUUGAUAAGUGCUGUGGCAUUCUCAGCAUCUACAAGAAACAAUUUCGGCUAGACCCGAUUCGGCUACAGACAGUUCGGCCAUUUAUAUUUGAAUCGAUCAAUUUAGCCCACUUAGUAGACGAAUUGCAACUUGACGAAGGAGAUGCACAAGCGAAGGUGCAAUCAUUUGCAGCUGAUAAAGUAGAGGAAAUGAUCGAAAGAGCAAAGGAGAAGUUAACUGGCAAUGAAAAACAGCCAAAACUGCCACUCAUUCGGCUUCGUCUGGAAGUAACCGAAGUAGCCCAACAAUUUAAUCAGAUCCGAUUCGGACAACAAUACAGCGGGCGAGUGGCUAAUCCUCAGGAUAUGAUUACCUUUAAAAGAAAGAUUUCACGGGUGAAAGAUGAAUGUAAACCAUUGGAUAAGGAUGCCUUAAAUCAAGCCUACCAAAACCAACGCGAGACGGCGGCUAAACGAGCGGAAGAAGUUGUCGAGCGAUACUUCAAGGAGGCAGGAGAAAACAAGCAGUUAGAAAUUUUAUCAUCGAAAAGUAUGACCGAAUUAACACGACGUAUGGUUGAUUACGAAGAUGAUGAUGCUGCCGAAAAUAUUAUUAGAUUUUACGAAAAACAGGCUAUGAAGUAUCUAGAAGGUUUUACGGUUGUUGAAGAUAAUAUUGAAGAAAUUUUGCUAAAAUUUCAUGCUCAAGAACGAGAUACGCACAACGAAAUGCUGAAGAUGCUGGACAAUCGUUCACACAGACGAGUAGAUCCAAACGACCGGUCUCGAUCUAUAGUUGACGAUGAAGACGACAAGGAUGAGCCCAAGACGACAAACACUCGAGCUAAUAUUACGACUACAAACCGUGGCGGCGGACGUGGUAGCCGUGGCGGAAGGGGGUCAAGGGCACCCAGUCGUGGCAGAGGUCGAGGAAAAGGAGCUGCAAGUAGUUCCGUAAGCAACAUUGAUUCAUUUUUCAACAGUACAGUCAAACCCGAAAAACGUUCAAGCGGAAGAAAUGUUUCGAAGGUAGUUUACAUUUCCGAUGACGAUGAUGACUGAAAAUAAAUCCCGUAUUUCCAAAUCUCUAUUUGUUGCUUUCUUCGUUGUGAUUUUAAAAUCAUCUCGUAACUGUUUCCGUUAAUA